AUCUUGCCAGCAAACUCAUUAAAUUUGGUCCUAAAUACACUUGGAAAAUGGGUUCGCGGAUGCAUUCAAGACUGAGUGCCAAUGGAAGUAGACGUUCCUCAAGAAGUGGCUCAGACGAAUACAUGCAGAUCGAAAUUGGCACAGUGAACGUUGAUGACAGACCGUGGUCUUUCUCUGUGAAAUUGGAGGAUGGUUCCACCAUUCAGUGCCAGCUGCAAGGAGUUCAGGAAUUGCCUGUUGCGAGGUAUUUCCUUCGGCUUGCUGAUGACCUUGAUGGACAUUUUGAGAUGGCAAUAGUAGGUCAUGUAAGGAAAAUAAGACUGGUUCUCUUGCAAAUGCAAGUUGGAGAUAUCAAAAGGGACGUGGCUGCUGUGUUGAGAGAGUGCCACGCUUCCAAUUCCCCUUACCAAAUUCCUAAAAAAACUCCACCGACACCAAGCAUCACUUUGCCUCACCAUGAAAAGUUCUUUGAGUCGAUCCAGCAGAACCAAAUGAUGAGAAAGCGGCAUGACGGAUCGGACUUUAGUUAUGAAGAGUCUGAAUAUGCUUUUCAACCUACUGAAGUGGAUGGCGCAUCUUACACUUCUCACUAUGGGGAAAGAAAUGGCAAAUUGCUUUCCAAAGGGUACGACACUACCUCCAAGCCAGCGCCUUACUGUCGAAACAAGGUCGUCGGCCUCCCAGAAAUGAGGUCUGACAGCAUGCUGAGAGGCUACAACAGGGCUACCUCUUCUUCUGUUCAGCCAAAAAUUACCAGCAGCAGAGCUCCAUCUACGAUCAUGAAUGCGCGUGACCAUAACAAAAAUUCGCUCAAGUACAAAGAUCAAAACUGGCUGUGGGGUAAAGAGGGACCAGGUGACCAUUCGCCACCAUCCAUUAGAUCUGCGCGCGCUUCUCCACCAAGGGCCACCUUUUCCCAGCUGGAUGUGAGUCAGUUCUUUGGAAAUCCGUUCCGCAGCUUCAUCAGCCAUGUGGACAAUCCCGACAAUUUCUAUAUCAUACCUGAUAAGUUGAUGCAAGACAAAUUCCUUGCUAUGAUUCAAAACAAGUACCUGAGUAAACCAAAGGAAGCAUUCCCUGCCGUGUGGCAAAACACUGCCUUUGCUAUCGAGGUUGCCGGCAAGUGGCAGCGAGGACUUGUUAAGGCUGUCUACAACGAUGGCAAGACUGAGGUUUUCCUAGUAGACAGUGGUUGGAAAGGAGUGUCGCAUUGGCCCAUGAAAUUGUUGGAUCCUGAGGAUGCUUCCGUUCCCCCUAAAGCAAUCUGCUGCAUGAUGAGAGGAGUACACCGUCUUGACUGGACCAAGGACGAGAUUGCACGGCUUAAGGGACUCCGAGACAAAGUGGACGUCAUGCUGUUCUCCCAGGUUGGAACCAAGUACAGCGCAGUCAUUAUUGAAGAAAACGAAUCAGUCUUCAACGCUACCUUUGGACCCUGCGGCCUUGUUGAUUUGCUGCGGAAGACCAACAUCGAUAUCUUGGCCAUGCAGGAGGGAAUGACUUACGAAGUCAAACCUAUUUUGUCUUCAGGAAAACAAGUCUAUUUACAACUGAAAGAAAGGUGUGCUGAUCUGCUCAACAUGGAAAAUCAAUUGAAAGACCUUGUCGGGAAAGAACCUCUCAUAAAGCCCAAAAAAGGCCAAUUUGCGUUGGCUGUCGUUGACAAUAAUGUGCGCAGGGCCAAAAUCCUGAAAGCCAGCUCAAUGUCCACUCAUGCAACUUGCCUCUUUGUUGAUCAUGGCGUCACUAAGGAAAUCCCAUUCUCUCAGCUCUAUCACUUGCCUGAGCAUUUUAUGGUACAACCUGCUUUCGCUAUUCUCUGCGAUCUGGCUCCAAGAGAGCCAGUUUGGCCAAAGAGCAAAUACCUCCUGAUAACAGUGCUUGGAGAGGUAGAUGGCAUACCAGCUGUGGGGCUUGCAAAGGACGGAGAAGAAAGCUGCGUUGGAAAUCAACCAUCAGAAGACGACAGUCAGAUGAGUCAUACUUUGCAUCGCUCUUCACGAGGCUCCAGCCCGGUUCCUUUUCGCCCUUUACAAGGCCACAGUCUAAUCAGUAUGCGCCCUUCACUUGACCAGCAGAGUCAAAUGAGAAUUCCUCCGUCUCGAGCAACCCUCAGCCGACACGCAGGCCUCAAUUCUGUAGCUCCAUCAGUAGCCCACAGCAGGCCAAGCGUGGCAGCCACUCUUGCGAGAGGCUUUGUUGACGAGCCAAGAAGCGAGCCCGCCAAGAUCAACACCGAUCCCAAGAGUGUACCAGAAGGCGUUGAAUUGGGCACAGUAACCUACGUCCAGUCCUCCAGCCUGGUCUACGUAAGACUGACUUCAAGAGAUGCUGAAUUUGCCAAACUGCAGGCUCAAAUCGACCAAGAAGCCCAGAAUGCGCGCAGCGAACAACUGGACGGGGAAAAGAUGUGCCUGGCCUUCAGCAAAGGCCACUGGAUGCGGGCCGAAAUCCUUCCAGGAGGCAGGGCACUGUUCAUUGAUGUUGGCCACAGGGGUUCUCUUGGAGAAGUGCGUCGAAUGUCUUCUGAUUUGAAGCACAAAGCGGCCGCCACCCUUCUUUGCUUGGCGCCUGCUAACCUGGAGGGUCUGAAGGAGGGCUGCAGGGUGCAUGUCAAAAUCACCGCUGAUGGCAACAAAAUUGUUGGGCUAGCUGCUUCUCAGGAAGGAAUGCAAGUUGAUGCAAAAACAGCAGUGAAAAAGGCAGUGAUCGUGUUGGACAUCGAACUGCCACAGAGAGUGUGGCUGGUGGAAGACACAGCGUCGUUUAAUUUGAUGAGUGACAGUCUCCACCAGUUGGAUCGAAAUUCACUGCCUGCCUUGACCAACCCCGUCAUGGGAGAAAUGUGUGCGGUCCGAGUCGAUGAUCAAUGGCACAGAGCAAUGGUGGUGAAUGUUCACCCGAUGACAUUUUUCCUCGUAGACCUCGCCUACAAUGUCGACAUGAGCAAAGUUAAAACAGCUGUGCACCUUAGCCGCCUGCUGAAAAUGGUGCCGCCAUUGGCUAAACCUUUUGAUCUCGUCAAGGAUGAGAUCUCAGAAAAGAGCUUUGCUAAAAUUAAGAAAAUUUUAGCAAAAGGAAAAGAGUCGCACGCUUUGAUCCAGGAAGAUGCCCUUCUCGGCCUCUGGAUUAAUGGAAUCAAUGUACUUGAAGCAGCCGGAUAUCUAGUCAAAGUGCAUGUCACCUUUAUAGAUGAAGAUGGCUCUGUUUGGGUGGCUAGGAAAUCAAAGGCUGAGAAACGAACUCAAAAUCUGCAGUGUGAAGUCAUUAACCUGUCGCCUUUGACCAAAACCACCAUAGGCACAAGAUGCGUUGCUCUCAACAUGAUCGACAACCUGUGGUACAGAGCUGAGGUCGUUGGCCUGUCCCACCACUUCAAGAUUAUGCGCUUCCUGGACACAGGCACCCUAGGAGAGGCGUUGGAGUUCCGGGAGUGGUGGAACAAACCUGAGACUGACGCUCGUAAUUUCCACCGCCUAAAAAUGGCUGUUAAAAUGGACCAAGAGCUACUAACGCCUAAGAAUUUUUCGUCGACGAACGAUCAACCCCCCUUGUACAAUCUGGACAUGGUUAGGAUCAACUAGUGUUGUUCCUAUUUGUGUUUUUAUGUUCAUCAAGUUUAUUCCCAAAGCACAUGUUCAUAUUUUUUAAGACUGAGUCGUGUUAAACCGACUCUCAACAAGUAAUUUGACUGGAUUCACGAUUAUUCAUUUUAUGUUAGUAACAUAAUCGACUGUUUAUUUCUUUUUUCUUCAUUUUUUCCUGAACUAGUGCAUUUCAGUUUAAAUAUUGUGCUUUGCGGUAAAGAGUUGAAAGUUUAAUGAUACAUGUUUCAGAAUGAGCAGGAUUUAGUUCUGAAAUUAAUCAAGAUUAAAUCUACCAAAUUUGUGGAUUUA